UGCCGCCGCCACUGCUGCUGCUGCUGCUGCAAAACGGUGAAUCGAUGGGUUUUCAUAUUUAGUCGACUUUGAGAUUUCUUGAAGAGCGGACGCAUUUUGAUAUUUCUCUUCAUAUACGAAAGAGUUCUCUGCUGUGCACACAGUUGAAGCACGGUACCCGUAGCCAACGAAUAUCAAGUCAAAAGAAGGAAACGAAGAAAGAAAUGUAAACGAAAGAAAUAUAACAAACUACAGCAAAGCAAGAAGAAACGCAUUAUUGUAUUUUCUCAGCGAAACGAAGCACAACGAGAGGAAUACAUCUCUCUGGUGCGCGAGCGCGUUCACAAGAGCUAAAAAGAAAUUUUUGAAUUUUUCUGUGUCUUCGAUAGUGUGGCGACGCGCGAUAACCAACAGAAAAGUAGCGACGACAACAACGGCGACGAAGAAGAAAUUUUCGAUCGAGCUACAUCUCAACAACAGCAGCCAGCAACUGCGAACGGAGAAAGAAAUAAAAAAAACACUCAUUUUAUCCAACAAAAAAAUCGACAAAGUAAAAGCACUUUCUAUUUGAGAAAUUCUUACCCACUUGGUAUGUGUGUACACAGUUGUGAAUGGUUUCCAACGAGCGGUCCAAAAAGAGAGAGAAAGAAAAUUUUAAGUUAACGAAUUAAAAAAAAGCGACGACGAAGAAUACGGGGAAAUAGACACAAAUACGAUUUGCCAUUGGAAAUAGCACAGAAUUCAUUAAUACCGACCAAAUACUGUGAAAGAAGCAACAAAUUGCCGCUAAUAUUUCGAUCUAUUGUUUUUUUUGGUGUCAGUUGAUAGCACAAUUGCAGUUGAGAUUGUCUCCCGGCCUGUGCACUGUUUGAUUUUCUCCUGUAUUGUUUUGUGUGGGUGAUUUCGAAGCGCACUCCGACCAUAUUCGUGACUCAUCUAUUCAGGAGUGACGUGUGUGUGACACUUAUCGAAAAAAGAGAAUACCGUGAGAAUGCUUAGCAGGUGAAGAUAAAGUGGUGCCGCAUUGACCUAAGAAAUUUUUUUUUUUUUGUAUCAAAUAGACGAAGUGAAGUGUCUGAAGGCAAUCAAAAUUCGUGAAAUACUUUUUAUCACUUUGAAAAAUGUGGACAACGCAGUUCCGUUAUCAGAUCGAUAAAUAACCGAUUUAGUGUUUCAAAUUUAAGUGUUUCAGAAUGCUGAUCCACGUAUGAUCAGUCGCAUAUUGGACCGAUGAACAAACAUUGAAAACGAAAUACGACGAAAAAAGAGAGAGAGAGAAGAAGAAUCGACAAAUCUAUCGACAUUUGAGGAUUACAUACGAAAUUCCACAUCAAAUCACCAUUCUGCCAUAGACGUGAUCACUCUAUCGGAAAUAUAUAGAGAAAACGAAACGCUCUCGAUCCACAAAAAUCCAAUUGCAAAUUGCGAAACUAGAACGAACACAUAAAAAAAUAAAACCAUCAAAUAAACAAUCCAACGAAAAUGUAUCACAGACAAAAUUUACAAAUCAAUUAUUUUACGAUAUUUGGAAUAAUAUGGUUAAUUGGAUAUGCAAACGCACAAUCGUGCAGCUUUCCAGGUUCACCUGCUCACAGCAACGUUGAAUUUUCAGACGAUUCACUGGAAAGUGGCACAAUAGCAACGUACACAUGCGAACGGGGAUUUGAACUGUUGGGCCCGGCACGACGCGUUUGUGACAAUGGACAAUGGACUCCAGACGGAAUCCCAUUUUGUGUAUUGAAUGUGGCGGCUGGUAAGGCACCAAUGCAAAUAUCCACCGAAGGUGCUGGAAUUCCACAAAAAGCCAUCGAUGGAUCAACAUCAGCCUUUUACACACCAGAAACAUGCUCGUUGACCAAAGCCGAGCGCGUCCCAUGGUGGUAUGUCAACUUAUUGGAACCAUACAUGGUGCAAUUGGUUCGAUUGGACUUUGGUAAAUCGUGUUGCGGUGACAAUAAACCAGCGACAAUUGUUGUGCGUGUCGGAAACAAUAGACCUGAUUUGGGAACAAAUCCGAUUUGUAAUCGAUUCACUGGCGUGCUUGAGGAAGGUCAACCGCUCUUCUUGCCAUGCAAUCCACCCAUGCCCGGCGCCUUUGUUUCCGUCCAUUUGGAAGUGAACACACCGAGCCCGUUGUCAAUUUGCGAAGCAUUCGUUUACACCGACCAAGCAUUACCAAUUGAACGGUGCCCAGUGUUCCGUGAUCAACCACCAGGCGCAUCAGCUUCGUACAACGGAAAAUGCUAUACAUUCUACAAUCGACAACCGUUGAACUUCCGCGAAGCAUUGCAAUUUUGCCAUGCUCGUGGCGGAACUUUGAUCAAUGACAGCAAUCCGGCUUUGCAAGGCUUCAUCAGCUGGGAAUUGUGGCGUCGUCAUCGCAGCGAUGUUUCAUCACAAUAUUGGAUGGGCGCUGUUCGUGAUGAAAAAGAUCGAAACACAUGGAAAUGGGUUGGUGGCGAAGAGGUUACAGUCUCAUUUUGGAAUCUUCCGGGUGGCGAUGAGAAUUGUGCACGAUUCGAUGGUUCAAAGGGAUGGCUCUGGAGUGAUACCAACUGUAAUACACCACUUAACUUCAUUUGUCAACAUCAACCAAAAGCAUGUGGUCGGCCAGAACAACCUCCAAACUCAACAAUGGUCGCUCCUGCCGGUUUUGAUGUUGGUGCUAUUAUCGAAUAUAACUGCGACGAUGGCCAUCUUUUGGUCGGACCAUCAAAGAGAUCUUGCAUGGACACUGGUUUCUAUAACGAAUUCCCACCCGUUUGCAAACACAUUGAAUGUGGAUUGCCAGCAUCAAUCCUUCAUGGAUCCUACGAUUUGGUCAACGGUUCCGUUGGAUACUUGAGCACGGUCAUUUACAGAUGUAAUGAAGGUUAUGAAAUGCUUGGCCGAGCGAUGUUAUCGUGCGAUAUUGAUGAAAGAUGGAAUGGACCACCGCCACGAUGCGAGCCAGUUGAAUGUGAGGAAUUGCCUGAGGUGUAUGAAAAUGCUCGAAUUGUUUCGAUUAAUGGAACAACGGAAUAUGGUGCCAAGGCAGAGAUUGUUUGCGCAAAUGGCUUCAAGCCAGAUGGACCAAGAUACAUUUCAUGUUUGUCGACCGGCCAAUGGAGUGCACCACUUGCGCCAUGUAUCCGAGAUUUGAGAGUGUCAGUACCACCGCCGCAACAAACCACAGUUGGCACGACUUCACGAAAACCGACGCGUACAUCAUCACGUUACACAACCACACCGAUCACGACAACCGAAUAUGAAGAAGAAGAGUCUGCAGAAGAAGAAGAAGAAGAAGAAGUUGUACCAACGAUGAACGAUAACAUAAUUCCGCGCAGACCGGUUGUGCCAGCUUUGACACCAACCAAGAAUGGCCAUGCAAAUCCAUCGGCAACACAUCGACCGAAGACCGCAUCACCAGCACAUAACACAACACCAAUUCAAACGACGACCGGCCGAACGACAACGACCACAAACAAUGCGCAUAAUAUCAUUCAGGCAGCACAUCCACAAGAUAAUGAAAUCGCUGGUAGUGUAAACAUAAGAUCGGAUCAAUCGCCGAAAGUGAACAUUCCACAUUUGGUAGAGAAUGACCAACACCGUGAAACGCAUGGUGCUAAAUUGCAUCUUGGUGCAAUUAUAGCAUUGGGUGCGUUCGGUGGCUUUGUAUUCUUGGCUGCGAUCAUCACCACAAUAGUCAUUUUGAUCCGAAGAGGCCGUACCACACAACAUUACCGCCAUCGAGCUUCACCCGACUGCAAUACGGUUGCAUCAUUCGAUAGCUCCAGUUCUGAAUCACGAAACGGUUUAAAUCGAUACUAUCGCCAAGCCUGGGAGAAUUUACAUGAAUCAGCAUCGAAAAAUUCAAACAAUCACGCCGCAUUACGUCGAAAAGAGACACUUGAUCAACCAAAUCUAAGCCGGUCACGUGAUAAUUUAAGUCGUUCUAGGGAUAAUUUAGAUAGUCGUGCUCGUGAAUACAGUAGAGAUAAUUUAGGAUUAAGAGAUGGCUCCGAAAUGAUUGUAACUGAUGUUUGUGUCAAAGGUGAAAAGAAACGACACCAUCAUCACCAUCACAAGCCAGCCGGUCGUGACUCACAUUUAGUUGCUUCGAAUGCACGACGCGAUCAUAGGAACGGACACUAUUAACAUAGUCGACACACACACACACAUACCAUGGUUUUAACAAUCAAUUUAGAAAAAUGAAUUUGACAUGACUAACCCGCAAGCAAACAAUACGACACACGCAACUAAUUUUCUUAUCCACAACAGACUUACAACGCAACAGUGACGACGAAAUUAUUUAUGAAAUUUUUGUUUUUAAGGUUAAAACAAUGUGUGACAACAUUUUCAUUUGAUAAACAUAUUUUUGGCGCUUUUUCAUCGACUAUGUUUUAUAAGGAAGACCAAAUAUUAUAUGAUAACACAUUCCGUAAUAGCAAUUUGAAUUUGAAACAAAUGACAUCAACACAGACUGUGCAGACAUUUUUAAUCCAAUCGAUUUCAUUUUAAACACUGAAACACAGUGAAUAUUGAAUUAAAUAUUUGGGAAUUUUAAACGACACAUCCACUGGAUGUACAAUUUUAAUGAAAAAUUUUAGCAUCGGCCGGCAAUUUUUUCAAUCAUUUGAUCGACACAAUUUCAAGUAAAAACUGAAUGGUUUUAAAUGAUUUUCCAUAAUUUUACAUAUGAAAAAAGAAGCCGGUUGAAGAGCAUGUUUUAACGCAAAAUUUUAAUGUUUUUAACUUAUUAUCAUCAUCAAACUAAUCAUAAGUUUUAAAGAAUGAGAAAGAAAAUACGAAUCGUCAGCAAAAAUUCAAUCACUUUGUGAAUUAUUGUUUCGAAAAACAGUUCAUACUAUGAACUUCAUAGUUAAUGCAAUUUGUGCCAUUGGGCCAACAAAUGAGAGAAUAGAUCUUGUAUUUUAAACGAAGUGAGAAAAAACUAGAUAAUUCCAAGCGAUAGUUAAGGCAUAUAAAACAUUGUUUCAACACCAUGAAGUUGUUUUUGGAACAUUAUAAUUCUCCCGAAAUCGAAUAUUUGAUGCGUUCCGUGAAGCAGAACCGAAUUCACUGCUAAAUGGCAGAGCAAGUGCUUGGGCUUAACAGAACAAACGCUAUAAUCGUUCUGAAGAAUGACGUAGAGUUAUUUUAAUUUAAUGGAUUCCAAUUUUUUUUUUUUUCAUCGAACAAAGAUUUUUCUUUGUUUUUGAAUCAACGGAUUGAAAUAUGUAACAUAGAAAAAAUUUUAUGAACAAGUGUCCUAGGUUUAUGAUAAUUUUACUAUAGUAAGGUAUCUCCCAAUUUUUUUUUUAAAGAAAGAAACAAACAAUGUAAAUAAUGGUUUAAAUUUAAGCACGCAAGUUGUUAAAAUAAAAAUUUAUUGUAGAAUAACAUAUAAAA